AUGGCUCCAGCAUUGGAAGUUCAAGGAGGAGAAACUGUGUCCCUAAACAAUGUUAGUGAUGCUACAAUUAGAUCUAGAGUUACUGUUAUUGGUAGUGGAAAUUGGGGGAGUGUUGCAUCUAAGCUUAUUGCUUCCAAUACCAUUAAAAUGAGCAAUUUCCAUGAUGAAGUUAGAAUGUGGGUCUAUGAGGAGACAUUACCAAAUGGUGAGAAGCUCACAGAUGUCAUCAAUCAAACCAAUGAAAAUGUAAAGUACCUCCCUGGAAUCAAGCUUGGAAAAAAUGUUAUUGCAGAUCCAGACCUUGAAAAUGCAGUGAAGGAUGCAAAUAUGUUAGUGUUUGUGACACCACACCAAUUUAUGGAAGGAAUAUGCAAAAGAAUAGCUGGGAAAAUAAGGGCAGAUGCUGAGGCUAUUUCCCUUGUUAAGGGUAUGGAGGUUAAAAUGGAAGGACCUUGCAUGAUCUCAACUCUCAUUUCUGAAGAACUUGGAAUCAAUUGUUCGGUUUUAAUGGGAGCAAACAUUGCAAAUGAGAUAGCUGUAGAGAAGUUUAGUGAAGCAACUGUUGGAUAUAGGCAGAACAAAGAAGCUGCAGAGAGAUGGGUUCAUUUGUUUUAUACACCUUAUUUCAUUGUGACAGCUGUUCAAGAUGUUGAGGGAGUUGAAUUAUGUGGAACUCUAAAAAAUGUUGUGGCCAUAGCAGCAGGUUUUGUUGAUGGCUUGGAGAUGGGAAAUAACACAAAAGCUGCAAUCAUGAGACUUGGUCUUAGAGAAAUGAAGGCAUUUUCAAAGUUGUUGUUUCCAUCUGUUAAGGAUAGUACCUUUUUUGAGAGCUGUGGUGUAGCUGACCUUAUCACAACAUGCUUGGGUGGAAGAAACAGGAAAGUUGCUGAGGCUUAUGCAAAGAAUGGAGGGAAGAGAUCUUUUGAUGAACUUGAAGCUGAGAUGCUGCAAGGCCAAAAGUUGCAGGGUGUCUCAACUGCAAGGGAAGUAUAUGAGGUACUAAACCAUCGCGGGUGGUUAGAGUUGUUUCCACUCUUCUCAACAGUACAUGAAAUUAGCAGUGGCCAACUUCCACCAUCAGCCAUAGUUGAAUACAGUGAGAAGCAACCAAGAUCAUUCUAA